CUGCCGUUCAAACUUGUCAGUCAACUAGUGCCAACAGCCUCAGCGUCUGCCUCCCCAGCACACCCUCAUUACAUGUGCCUGUCUAGCCUGAUCUGUACAUCUGCUCAGAGACACUCCUGCCGAGUCGGGGAUUUCUGCCUUUCACCACUGCUGUAAAGAGCUUCUCCUUGCUCACCCCCGCUCCUCUCCCCAAGGAGGCUCCUGCUUUAUGGUAGAUUUGGACUUCCUUCGCCGUCUGCCUGCCCUUGACUUCUAGAAUGGAAGAAGCUGAGCUGGUGAAGGAGAGACUUCAGGCCAUCACACAUAAAAGAAAAAUACAGGAAGAAAUCUCACAGAAGCGUCUGAAGAUAGAGGAAGAAAAAUUAACACACCAGCAUUUGAAGAAAAAGGCCUUGAGGGAGAAAUGGCUUCUAGAUGGAAUCAGCAGUGGAAAAGAGCAGGAGGAGAUGAAGAAGCAAAAUCUACAAGACCAACACCAGAUCCAGGUCCUAGAACAGAGCAUCCUCAGACUUGAGAAAGAGAUCCAAGAUCUUGAAAAGGCUGAGCUGCAAAUCUCAACCAAUGAAGAGGCAAUUUUAAAGAAACUAAAAUCAAUUGAGAGAACAACAGAAGAUAUAAUAAGGUCUGUGAAAGUGGAAAAGGAAGAAACAUCAGGAGAGUCAAUUGAAGACAUCUAUGCUAAUAUCCCUGACCUUCCAAAAUCCUAUGUACCUUCCAGACUAAGGAAGGAAAGAAAUGAAGGAAUAGAAGAUGAUGAACAAAAUAGAAAAGCUUUGUAUGCCAUGGAAAUUAAAGUUGAAAAAGACUUGAAGACUGGAGAAAGUACUGUCCUGUCUUCAAUACCUCUCCCAUCAGACGAUUUUAAAGGUACAGGAAUAAAAGUUUAUGAUGAUGGGCAAAAGUCGGUCUACGCAGUAAGCUCUAAUCACAGCACAGCAUACAAUGGCACGGAUGGCCUGGCACCUGUUGAGGUAGAAGAACUUUUAAGACAAGCUUCGGAGAGAAACUCUAAAUCCCCAACAGAGUAUCAUGAGCCUGUAUUUGCCAAUCCAUUUUGCAGGCCUACAACCCCACAGAGAGAGAAGGUAACCCCUGGACCAAACUUUCAAGAAAGGAUAAAGAUGAAGGCUAACGGACUGGGUAAUGAUAUGAAUGGAUCCAUACACUGCAUGAACAAUGGACUUCCAGAGCGGGGCAACAGCUUCAAUCACAUCAGUCCCGUUCGGCCAAAACCUCAUCCCCAGUCAGUGAUUCAACAAGCCGGGGAGACAGCCCACACCAUGCAAAAGAGGCAGAUGGCUCCUUGGGAAGAAUCAGGUAUGACGCAGGAUCACUAUGCACCCUUUCCAAAGGCAAGACUGAGUCCCAGUGAAGCACCGGCCAGGAAGUCGGAGCACCAGGGCUCUCCUGCUUGCCGGGAGGAUGAGGAAGACGUUAGAUACAACAUUAUGCAUUCCCUGCCUUCUGACGUGGCCGAUGCAGAGCCUGUGACAAUGAUUUUCAUGGGCUAUCAGCAGGCAGAAGACAAUGAAGAAGAAAAAACACUUCUGACAGCGUAUGACGGGAUCAUCCACGCGGAGCUGGUUGUGAUCGACGAGGAGGGGGAGGAAGGAGACGGAACGGCGGAGAAACCAUCCUACCACCCCGCGGCUCCCCACAGUCAGGUGUACCUGCCUGCCAAGCCCACGCUGCUUCCCAGGAAGAGACCAGAAGGGAAUCCCCAUGAAAAUGCCAACCACAGAUCGCCCCACAAAAACUCCAUGUCCCUGAGGGAGCAAGAAGAACGCUUAGGCGGCCGUGCCCACCACUCUCCGUUUGAUGUUCAGGUAGCUGGAGAUGGGACUGAGGAUCCAUCCUUAACAGCUUUAAGGAUGAGAAUGGCAAAGCUGGGGAAAAAAGUUAUCUGAGAGGUGUAUCAUCUACAUAAACAUCCUUUGGAGAAGAAACUAAGAAAUGUAAAAAUUUCUUUUCUGGAUAUUUUGUUUCUUUUUCCUGAGAUCCAAAAAAAUAUAAUUGUACCCAUAUUAAGUCACGUGAAUAAGCAUCAGUCAUUAUUUACAAAAAAAUUCCAAAGAAAGCUGGGGAGAACAAAUGCUUAACUUUUCCAGUUACUUGACACAACUCAGUGGGGAGAAAACCAGCAUAUUUUUAUUGUAUUGAUACCAAAGCAUUUCUAAUGAGACCUGGUUAAAUUUAAGAAUAAAGUUAUUUAAAAUAGCCUGACUAUAGUCUAUUAACUGACAUUGUAGUUUUGCUAAUACAAAGACUGAAAGAUCACAGGAAGUCAUUGCACCUCAUCUUCAACUCUGACAAGUAAACAUGCAUCCCAGAUUGACAAGGUUUUAUGACAACUAUGUCCUCUUGCUAAGGAUCAACUCAGUUGAUUGGUAGAGACUUCAAAAUCCUUGUGUACACCCAAAAGGUGCAUGCAGUAAUUAUCCUCCAAAAAUUUUGGGACUGGAUUUGGAUCAUCUUGAUAGUAUCCAUGCCAGCUAACACAUUCAUUCUUGAAAUAUCAUUCUUUUUUCAUAUCAAUGUGAAGCCCAUAGUGCAAUGACUGAUUAUGAACUAAGGCUGUUGGAUGGAGAUAUUCCCAUAUUCUCAAAGAACACACAUCUGGUCAGUUUGACCAAUCAUUAUAAAUAGAUUAGAAUCGUAAUACUAAAACAAUUAGAUUGUAUACAGCAUGUCAUUCCUAAAUAUUCUUGCCAGAAUGUUAAGUCCUGAUUUGAAAGAGAAUACUCCCAUGCCAAUUCUCUCUUUACAUUAUUGUACCGCCCUCCACCCAACACCCUCAAAAUCCCACACGUCUGCCCCAGGAUCAUGCCAGUGCAUAUUACUAGGCCCUGCAAGUCUUUGGUGAAUAGUCUGUUUCCCUCAGGGCAGAACCUGAAUUUCCCUGGUGUGGCUCUGAUGAGACUCUAUCAUAGUUACUGGUCUGGAGUCAAUGAGAGAAAAAAGAAAUAUAUCUUCAAGAGGACAAGCUUUAACCUGCAAAGCACCAACCUCAGAUGAGUAGUUUGCAAGGGGCAGUUGUUCUCUAAGAAGGGAGAGCUCCUCUGCCAGCCUAGAAUGUUCUGGGAAAUAUGGAUGGUCAAAUUUCAGGGGUGCUUUCGCACCAACACUCCCAUCCCAGGUCCAAAGGGCUCAUUCAUUCCCUUUCAUGGCUUUAACUUUAGCAUAAGCAACUUAUCAGACCUACAUGUUCACAGCUCUGUCAUUCUUGUGAAUAAAGUAUUGGUUUGCGCUUU